AUGGCGGAAGAUUGUCCACGAUUAGAUGAAGUUGAGUGGUUUCGAGAUCAGGAUGUUUGUUAUAAGCUGGCCGUGCAACUCCCUACCAAACGGAUCUAUGUUCUUUGUCGGGGGUCAAUGCAACAGGCGAUGACUAAAUGGGAGGCAUCUAUGCCUGAAUAUAUUGAUGAAAUUUUUGACACGGGCAAAGUCCGUUGCCUUUUUGGCGAUAUCACCUGGCCAGACUAUGGCUUCACGCCAAGCAGUGUGAAGAAGUUACAAGAAGUGACUGUUGUGAUUCACGCGGCCGCAUCAAUCGCGGUUUUCCAAUCACUUGCCUCGACCAUUCGCGAUAACUACCUCCCUGUCAGAAACCUGGCACGCAUGGCGAAUUCCUUCGCGCAGUUGAAAGUAGAAUCGAUUUUGGAAAACCACCAAUCGCCAUAUGCAAAACACUUCCCCAUACCGUAUGCCCAGGGGAAAUAUCUUGCUGAGCGGAUGCUGUUCGAUAUGAAUGGCCAGCGAUUCAGGACCCCAUACCCCUUCUAUGGACCUGAAGGAACGAUCCCCGCUCACACGUUCUCGCAGAUUUUGUUGGAAGACCAGGAGUACAGAUCCAUGAAUAGGCUAUCUGGAUUUUCAGAAAGUAUGAUUUUGGAUGAGCUCCCCGUUGACCUUGCUGCGAAUGUCUGCUUUCUACAUCUGUUUCGUGGCACCAUCGGCGUUGUACACGCUGGGGUACAGCUCUAUGUGCCCCGAACGAUCGGCGAAUUCUUUGCCAAAUAUCGCAAGUAUAUGGCGCGAUCUCUCAUUCUGAAGAUUAUCAAAGCCAGAUCUCUGGAGAGCGGUGGUCUAGCUAAACGAGCUUAUCAGCUGUUUCGAAAUGCGCAGCGGGAUUGGGAGUUUGAUUGUGCUCGUUCUCAGCAACUGAAAAACACAACCGGUCCCCUAGGCCUCCAACUGCCUGGCCAUGAUUACGAUCAGUUUUUCAAGGCUCGAGUCAUAAAACUGUUCCGUGUUGCUGCUGAUCAGAUCGAUCGGGGUGAAGCUGCGUCUGGGCCUAUCCGCGGUCUGACCUGA